AGGCUUCAGCGAAGACGAAAAGGCUCGACACCGACAGUCGGUAGGCAUCAUUUAAUCAACUCAAGUCUGGAAUCGCAAAUUUUAGCGAAGUUCUUGAUUCAGAUUCCUAUUUCUAAUGUCCGUAUGAGGCAUGAAUGAUUAUGUUUAAAUGCUUUAGUCUGUUACCGCUGAGCUCCCAGUAGAGACCAGUUUAAACUCAGUUUACUGAGAUAAAUAGAAGAUGCGUUUCGAGGCGAAGCGGUGCGGAGUGCAGUUCAGCCCUCCAGCCAUCAUCCUCAUUUAUGAACACAAGGACACCAACAAGGUGCGGAAAAGAGUAAUACCUGUGCGAAACUUCUCCAAAUAUUCUGACUACAGCGUGGCUGCUGAAAGACUGAAGAACAAUCCUCGGCACAGAGACUACUUGGAAGGUGUGUCUCAGAGCCAACUGGAGAAGCUUCACAUCAUCCUGCGAGAUCACAUGCAGGGCUUCAGCCUGGAGUACAGCCUUGCCUCAUUCAAGCUGGACCCCGAUGAAGACCUGAACAAACUGGACGACGAUGAGCUGGCUCGCAAGAAAGGCCAAAUGGACGGACUGUUUGAGAGGAACCGGAGGCGCAAAGACGAUCCCGCCUUUGUUUACGACCUGGAGGUGGAUUUCACCACCAAAGAAAAGUGCAGCUGGGAUGAAGAGUCUGAUGAUGGAUUUUAAAGUUCUCCAACCCUUUCCCAGACCUUGAAAAGAAUGUAGACUGCAAACUAUCAGAUGUAUUGAUUUUGUGUGAAAUAGAUUCUGAGGUGGAUUACAAUGUGUAAUGUAGAAGCUGAACUGAAGACUAGAGUGACACCAGUGUUUUGUGCCCAUUUGACAGAAAUGCCCUUUAGUCAUUUAAACCACCAAGGUGUCAAUGCACUGCACUUUUUUUUCUAAAACACACAUUCCAUUUCACACUGCAAUGAAAGAAAUAAUACAUGAAUAAUAGUAGAUAUUUAUUUGUUAUAAAAUACUGAAUUUACAAAAUA